AUGGAUCCAAACAUCCAGGGGUCUUUUCUGUUUAACAACAACCUGAACCAAUUCCCCUCGGAGCUCAAGGCCCCAGUGUGCCAGUACUCAGUGCCCAACUCUUUCUACAAGCUCAACCCGGCCCUGAACAGCCAGCUGCAGGCGGGGACGCCUCACGGCAUCAGCGACAUCCUGAGCCGCUCCAUGAUGGGGAUGGGCUCCACCGGCACCACCACCCUGCUGUCCGGAUACGCCACCAUGGGGGGGUUCAGCCCCUCCGUCACCAGCACGUCCAUGUACUAUAACCGGGACUACAACCCUUCCCUGGGCGGCUUCUCCAAGCCUGGCGCCGAGUGCCCCAUGAAGGGUCGCAGCGUGAACUGCUGGGCGGAGAGCGGCUGUGACUGGAGAGGAGGGAGGCAGCAGUGCACAAACAGUAGUGGUCCUCUGGGGGAGAUGACAGGCAGGAAGAAACACACCAGACCAACAUUUAGUGGACAUCAGAUAUUUGCUCUGGAGAAAACAUUCGAGCAGACAAAGUACUUGGCCGGGCCUGAGAGAGCGAGACUGGCUUAUUCUCUGGGCAUGACUGAAUCUCAAGUCAAGGUGUGGUUUCAGAACCGACGCACCAAGUGGAGGAAGAAGAGCGCCUCGGAGCCGAGCUCCACGCAGGCCGGCCUCGCGGGGCAGGGCGGCGAGGCCUCGGAGAACGAGGUGGAGGACGAAGAGUACAACAAGCCGCUGGACCCCGACUCUGACGACGAUAAGAUCCGACUGCUGCUGCGCAAACACCACCGGGCUUUCUCCGUGCUCCGCCUCGGGCCACACGUCUGA